AUGGUCUGUUACAUUACAGGAGUGGAUUCCAGUGGGCAGGAGUCAGGCGCCUACUCGGAAAGAGUUGCUAACAUUUCCGGGAAACUUGGUGUGAAGCACAUUGUAUUCAGUGGGCUGGAGAAUGUGACAAAGCUGACCAAAGGCAAGCUGGAGGUGCCACAUUUUGAUGGGAAAGGAGAGAAAGAAGAUUAUUUCAGGGAACAUGGUGCUCCCAUCACAAGCAUUAGAAUAGCAGUUAAUUUUCUCAAUGUCUUUAAACCUGUUAAAACGGAUAUUGCGAUGGAGGGACUUCCACUCGAUGGGGUGUCGGUCCGAGACUUGGGUGAGGUUGUGGGGGCCAUCUUGAAAAACCUCAAAGUGCAUGCUGGGAAAGAGACAGGCCUCAGUACUGACAAGCGUACGGUUGACAACAUACUGGAAAAACCAUCAAAGACUCCAAGGAUAUUCCAGCUUGAUAUGAAACUACCUGCUCGCAACAAGGACCCAACAUUGAAGUUAAACCCAAAUGCUAAAUCCUUUGAUGAAUGGAUGUCAGAAAAGAAUGAUUAA